UAAAGGCCAAUACUACGAAGAUCAAGUGUCGAUCGUUGAUUAACUGUGGGUAUAAUAAUGUUUCUAAUGGCCGCCUAUAAGUUUCUUCCUUUUCUCACUUUACACAGGAGAUGUGCCAUCCAACGCAUUCUAGUACUAUGGUCCCAUUAACAUCUAUGCACAGUACGAGCACGCAUGGCUCCUACAAACCUCUAUCAUCAGUCUCGUCCAGAAUGCAAAGUCUAUGAUCAUCACACAACGAAGGCUUCCAAUGAUGUAUGGGGACCCAUUUCGCGAUAUGGACGAUAUUUGUUGCGACCACACCUUCCUCUGGCUCGACAGAGAAUUUUCAUGUUAAGCAUAGCUGGUGCGUAUCGAUUGGAGGGCAGCCUGGUUUACACAAAAACAAAGAUGGGCCUAAAUGGAAACACACCGUCAGCUUCUAGGUUGCAAAAUUCAUGGGAUUAUGGACGGGAAGAACGAAGAUUAUAUUGUGGAAUUGUCUCCUCUCGUUGGGUAUUACAGCCGAGUCGCCCAUCCUGGGUCAAGCACGUCUUUUUAUGGCAUAGGCAAGUGAGAUGUUUGACGGCGGUAAUAGCCACGAUAGCUAAACAGCUACGCAGUUUCGCCUGUGCGGAGAGCUGAAAUACCCAUAGAAACCUAUGGGUAGUUUGGGCAAGCUGCUUAUCACAAAAUACGCGAGGAAAGCUGGAAAAGGCACCGCAAAGUUCACAAGCACCUUGAAGGCGGCCAUGAUGCAGUCAGGACGGGCGAGGUAGAGAAACCUUUAUUAUUGCCGAGGCAACAGCAAACAUUUCCUGAAGACCUACACGGCCAAUGCGAAUGAUACUCAUCAACAUACCUGGUCAAUGACCACAAUCCUCGGCUAGCCGUUCAUUCAGUUAAGCGUGUCAUAGCGCCAUUGACGAGCGAGAGUACGAUCAUUAUGCGACCGCCGCAGAAGUAUAUUGUGAAGGCCAGACCGAUCUCAUCCCUCGGCAUUGGCCCUGAUUUGUCGUUGGACUGUUUCUAUUUCCGAAACAAGUCUCAAUGCGACUUGAGAGG